UGGAAUCAUGUUCAGUCAACAGCCAUCUGUAAUCAUUGCUUUCGUUUCUCUGCGAUUUCACAGCAACUGAUAUGGCGCAGAAUGGAACUAUAGAGAACGGGCUCUCUCGAAACGAGGAAACCCCUGCAGCUCUGCCUCAACCUGUGAAAAACCCUGACAUCAAACACACGAAGAUUUUGAUCAAUAAUGAAUGGCACACCUCAGUCAAAGGAAAGACAUUUCCCACGUUCAACCCGGCAACAGGUGUCAAAAUCUGUGACAUUGAGGAGGCUGAUCAAGCUGAUGUUGACAAGGCGGUGGAAGGUGCCGCAGCAGCGGGGCGGAGAGGCUCGGCGUGGCGGCGGAUGGACGCGUCGCGUCGAGGUGCGUUGCUGCACAGACUAGCGGAUCUGCUGGAGAGAGAGCGAUGUCUGCUCGCUACUCUGGAGUCGAUGGACACUGGCAAACCCUUCCUGCAUGCUUUUUUCGUGGAUCUGGAAGGCAGCAUUAAAACUCUGAGAUAUUACGCUGGCUGGACAGACAAAAUUCAUGGGAAAACCAUGCCAGUCGAUGAAAACUUUGUGUGUUUCACCAAACACGAGCCCAUCGGUGUGUGCGGCGCCAUUAUUCCGUGGAAUCUCCCUCUGCUGAUGUUUAUAUGGAAGAUAGCGCCGGCUCUGGCCUGUGGAAACACGGUGGUCAUUAAACCCGCCGAGCAGACCCCGCUGACCGCUCUCCACGUCGGAGCGCUCAUAAAGGAGGCUGGUUUUCCACCUGGAGUCGUGAAUAUCGUACCUGGAUUUGGACCGACGGCCGGGGCGGCGGUCGCUAGUCAUAUGACCGUUGAUAAAGUGGCGUUCACCGGCUCGACAGAGGUGGGUCAGCUGAUCAAAGAAGCGGCGGGCAGGAGUAACCUGAAGAGAGUCACUCUGGAGCUCGGGGGAAAGAACCCCUGCAUUGUGUUCGCUGACUCAGACCUGCAGUUGGCGGUUGAGGAGAUUCAGAAAGGCGCAUUCUUUAACCAGGGCCAGGCAUGCACGGCUGCGUCACGCGUGUACGUGCAGGAGCAGGUUUAUGACGAGUUUGUGCGUCUCAGUGUGGAAAGAGCGAAGAACAUAGUGGUCGGAGACCCCAUGGAUCCACGUACCUCACACGGGCCACAGAUCGACCAGCGGCAGUUUGAGAAGAUUCUGGAGCUGGUGAGCAGCGGGAAGGAGGAGGGCGCGAAGCUGGAGGUUGGUGGAUGUGCGCUGAAGGACAGAGGUCUGUUCAUACAGCCCACCGUCUUCUCUGACGUCAAAGAUCACAUGCGCAUCGCCAAAGAAGAGAUCUUCGGGCCAGUUCAGUGCAUCAUGAAGUUUAAGACGCAGGAGGAGGCGAUUGACAGGGCCAACAGCUCAGAGUAUGGACUGACGGCCGCCGUCUUCACACGUAACGUAGAUCGAGCCCUGAGCGUCUCUGCGGCCCUCCAGUCUGGAACUGUCUGGGUGAACUGCUACAACGCUUUACACGCUCAAGCUCCAUUCGGAGGUUACAAGAUGUCAGGAAAUGGACGAGAGCUGGGCGAAUACGCGCUGGCAGAAUACACUGAGGUCAAAGCCAUCACUAUUAAACUCACAGAGCAGCUGAGACUGAUCUGAGAGCAGAGCUGCAUCUGUCAAUCAAGUGAUGGCAAAAAUGAUUUCUCAUUUCCUCUUAACCCAUUUUGUACCAGUCUCGGUUUAUUUUAUGCAGAUGUUCUGUACAGAUGAAAAAAAGGAUUUGUAUUUAAUUUGGAUGGGUUGAUAUCAAGCAAAUUCAUCCAUCAUCUUUCAAUAUUUACUAAUAUAUACAGUACAUAUAUAUAUAUAUAAAUACUCCUGUUUUUCCAAGCUGAUACAUAUUUUAAUACCGUAGAUUCACAAUGUUUUAGAGCGAGCUGAGCACAUUCAUGAGGCUUUUAGUGGUUAGAAAAAAGUUUUCCUGUCGUGGCAGCUACAAAACAUGACCAAGGAUAGUCUGUUAUUAUUUGUAAAAUAAACGUUGUGUUUCUCAUCGACUCAUUUAAACACAAUGAAUCUUUUCGAAACCUCCUUUAAACCGACUCCAUAAACGUGUAAUUCUGUGCCUUAUAUGUUGUUCCAGGAAGAACAUGACAUCAAACUGCCUUAUGGACUUUUUCCAUCCUCUUAUUUGCAGACGAGCUCAUAAAGCAGUUUAAAUGUUGAUUUCAUCCUUGUUUGCGGUCUCAGAGGUUUUGUCAAAAACUGUGCCUUCAUUUCCUUUAUACUCUAUACACGUCACAUGACUCGACCGGCAAUGUGAUAGAAGUGCUUAAAUCGAGAAAAAAAUGGAUCGAUGCAUUUAUAAAUGAUAGAAAUAGUUGUAUAGUGGAUUAUUAAAGUUCAAAAAUAAGGUAAAAAUCAGGGUCAAAUGAACACAUCUGUGGAUGGGAGUAUGAAGCGAGGACCGGUGGGGCAACCUUGCACGUACACAGAACUUUGCGGUUCAGUUUUCAUGUCCCAUGUUUACACCGUGUUUACAUACAUGUCUUGUGUUGACAUGUCCCAUCGAGCGGAUUAUAAAAGGUAACAAUCCAAAUUAAAUUAAGAUUAUUCUGUUAUUUAUUCGGAUUGGAUUUGCAAACCAAUUGCAAUCGGAUUACAGUGGUCCAUGGAAACGCAGCCAAUUGUGUGCUAUGAUUGAAGAGUCGUGCAGUUCCUCUGAUGACCAGAAGGGGGAAGCAGAAUUAAGUCAAAGACCCAAACCGACAUUGGAGGAAAGUGAGACAUCAACUCUAGAAUGGGUUGUGUCUGGGUGUGUUGUGUAGUCAGUGGAUGGGAAACACUUCCUCUCAACAAGUGUUUUCGAAAGACUUUGGCCUUUCUGCAGAUCCCAUUACAACAUUCAAGAAACAGAACACAUCUCCUCUGCAAACACACAGCUCUAAACAUGCUAGAAAUCGUUCUGCGUUUUAGUUUGCCCUAGUUUGUAUAGCCUACUCAUCUUGCUUGUAAGCUACAUUUGUGUAGCUGCUUUGAAUACUGUUGACUCAAACCAAAGUCCGUUUACAGAAGUCGUGCCACUCGGUGUCUAUGUUUGCAACGCCUCUGGGCAGGUAUUAACGUCAUAGCAAGUCCACAGUCCAAUCUCUGUGAAGGGUGGAAGGUAGAUAUUUCUAAAAUCGCUGGCAAAAAUCACAAUUAAAUAGCAUUUUUCUGAUCAACGAUUAAACCUCAUAUGGACUGUACCUUAACUUCGGUUUGCUAAGCUUAAAUU